CCUCAGGGCAUAUCUUGUGUCUCUCAACAACAGAAGUUGGUCCAGUAGAAGAUAUUACCUCACCCACCUUGUCUCUCUAAUAUCCUGGGAUCCACACAGCUAUAACUUUGCUGCAUCCAACUAUAAGAACACCCUGCAUGCAGUAAGGCUUUUGGCCAUCCAAAGAUGCUUCAGAAAGUUGUUCGCUCGCCCCCAGUUCUGUCAACCAGCUCCUCAAGAGGGGAAUCGCCUAUUAUUUCACCAGCCAAGCUUAACGGCAUUUUGAACUAAUUAUUCUCCACAUGGCCUUCUUCCUGGUGUCUGCUUAUCUUUUGCUGACUCACACUCAGGGUGCUCCUGUUGAGAAUGGGGCACUGCUGGAGACACUGAAGUCGCAAGUAGGAUUUUUCAAUAAUAAAAGUGAACACUAUUCUGCACAGGUGAGACCUCCUGGCACAAACCGACGAAUACCUCAGACGAUCAUUAUAGGAGUUCGAAAAGGAGGGACCAGGGCCUUAUUGGAAAUGUUGGAUAUUCAUCCUAAUAUUGUGGUAGCAACUACAGAAGUCCACUUCUUUGACUGGGAUGAGAAUUAUGUUAAAGGAAUAGACUGGUAUAGGAGUCUGAUGCCAUUUUCUUAUGAAAAUCAAAUUACUAUUGAGAAAACACCAGGCUAUUUUACCUCACCACAGGCUCCAGAAAGAAUUCAUGACAUGAAUAGCUCUAUUAAAUUGCUCCUCAUUCUAAGAGACCCCACUGAGAGAGUAAUAUCUGAUUAUACCCAAGUAUAUUACAACAGACUAGAAAGCCACAAGCGUGUUCAGCCCUUUGAAGAAAUUGUUAUUAAAAAUGGAGCGCUUAAUACCAAAUAUAAAGCUAUUCAGAGAAGUCUCUAUGAUAUCCAUAUGGAAAAGUGGCUUAAGCAUUUCAACUUAGAUCAGAUUCACAUAGUGGAUGGCAAUACUUUAAUCAAGGACCCUCUUCCUGAGUUACAAAAAGUGGAAACAUUUCUUAAUCUUCCUUCCAGAAUUAUGUCUUCAAAUUUUUAUUUUAACCAAACCAAGGGGUUCUAUUGCAUUAGAAGUGAUGGAAGAGAGAGAUGUUUACAUGAAUCCAAAGGGCGCCCCCACCCUGUUGUCAACAACACUGUUUUAGAGCAACUUUACUCUUACUUCAGAGAGCACAAUGCAAAAUUUUACAGAAUGGUUAAUCAUUCGUUUGACUGGCAUUAAUACAUUUGGAAUAAAUGUUUCUUAAAAUGUCCUGAAAUAAACUAUUUUCAAAGUUACCUUUGUAAACUCUCUGGGUUGCUCAGAUUGAAAACGUCAGAAGUGGUUAUAUUGAAAACAUAGCCUUCAUUGGGGAUAGUUGUCCAUUAGCAGCACCCUUUAAACAUGGGAGAAAUAAGUUUGAUAUAUUUGUGUAUAACUACUGUGGGCCAGAAUUUUAUCUCAGUUUCACUGCUGCAAAUCCAUUAAUUUCAGUGGAGUAACUUCAGAUUUACACCUGUAUGACUGAGAUCAGAGUUGAGUCUCUUUGGAAAAAUGAGAGUGCUUUAAGCAGUAUACAAAAUGUAGAUAGUUGAAAUGGUAUCAUUCAAACUGUUCUGUAAUUUUUGUUGGUAGUAUUUUUCAUAUCAUGCACCAUGAUAAUGGCAUUGAUUUCUAGAACGUUCAUACAGUAGAAUAAUGACAUAUGUUAAUACAGGGGACUCCAAAAGUGCUUCCUUUAAACAAUUUAAAAUCUGUGAAAUUAGCUAUUAUUGUAAAGUACUUCCUACUUAAAUAACUAACAUAUAAUAAAGGGGCUCCAGUCCAACUAUGGUUUUGAAUACCUACCAACUUGCUCUGUGUUGAAGCUCCUUCUAUAUAGAAUGUUAGUAUUAACACUUAUUAAUUGCGCGCAAAAUCUUCAAACUGGUGGAGAAAAUUAACUAUUUGGAGAAACUUAAAAUUUUGGGGUUCAGGAUGCAAAUAGACAAGGAUCCAAAACACUCUUGGUUUACAUAGCAAUAUUGAUAUGCUUAAUAAAAAGUAAAUCUGUAAACAGUCAUUAGAUGUCAGCAAUUGUACAAAUGUUUAUUCAAUUACAUAAACUGUCACUUUCCUCUUGAAUGGAAAACAAUUUUUCAUCAAUACUGACUUAUUGUUUGUAUUUCUGUGACUAAUUGUUCUACUGCUCUCUUAGAUUUAGUUUAUGUAUCUAAUUUGACACAUUGUUUACUGAAAAAAUAUUAAUUGCCUGCUCUCCAAAGCAUGGAAUAACUUUUUUUUGUAAUUUCUAUUUGCAGAUCAUGAGAUGUACUCAGAGUUGAAAGUAAUUUCAUGUAACAUGUAUAUAAUAUUGUAUAUCAGUCACAAGUUAUAUUCAAGAUAUAAAGUAUGAUUUACUCAGAUUUUCUAUAAAAUCAUGUCAAUCCAUAUUCAUGCAUUAGGAAUUGUUUGUUCAUUAUAAUUUUGACAGCAUCAUGCUGGUCUUUUUUAGGUUCUAACCCUUCUCAUGUGUAUCAAUACUGAAAAAGAAAACUUACUUUAAUCAUUCUGGCAGGAGUUAUUUUUGCCAGUUACAGUUAGUCUGAGAAAUGUACUAGCAGUUGCAUUUGGUCUUAAUGAUCAUAGUAUGAAAAGUCUCUCUUAAGAAUCACCCACCAGUGUACAAAUAAGAUCCUAGCGUGGGAUUUUAAAAAUACUUUCUAUAUUCAUCAACAGGCUUGACUCCAGACAGGCAGGAGAGAAGAAGAAAAUAUAGUCUUCAUGAUCAGCUGGAAUGUUGCUAUUCAGGAACUCCAGUUUCACAGUGGUAGGUGGUGAUUCAGCCACACAGGCAGAGGUGAAAGUAAGCCAGUACGGUACGGUAUGGCAUACCGGUAAGAAAGCCGGUACACAGCCAACUGUACCAGCAGGGUUGCUGAUGGGGCGCGGGGGGGAGGAGGGGAGAAGGGCGCAAAAGGGGCACCUUCCCCAGGGCCCAGAAAUUUAAAAGGGCCCGGGGCUCCAGGCAGCAGCUGGAGCCCCUGGCCCUUUAAAUCGCCACUGGAGCCCUGGGGCUCCCAGCCACCGCUAUCCUGAGGCUCUGGCAGCAAUUUAAAGGGGUUCCUGGCUGCUGCUAUUGCUGCCAGUUCCCCCACUUCCGCCCAAGGCCCCACCCCUUCUGGGGGCCCAGAGCCACGCCCCCCCACACACACUUUGCCCAGGAUCCUGGCCGCCCUGCAUACCAGUAAAUCCAUCCAUCAAGUUACUUUCACCCCUACACACAGGUCACUUUGGUGUGAAUGGGAGUUUUGCUACUCAUCCAGUAUUACUUUGAAAUGUUAUCCCUUAGUUGUUCCUAGUACUGUUAGUUUGUACCACACUGCAGCCUGUUCCCUAGCAAUCACAAACCUCCACUCUGUGAGACACAUUGACUCAAUAACAGCGGAUGCCUUUCUGGAAGACAUAGUUUAGUUAUGAUAGGUCUCAGAGUAGCAGCCAUGUUAGUCUGUAUUCGCAAAAAGAAAAGGAGUACUUGUGGCACCUUAGAGACUAACAAAUGUAUUUGAGCAUAAGCUUUCGUGAGCUACAGCUCACUUCAUCGGUUAUUUGAGCAUAAGCUUUCGUGAGCUACAGCUCACUUCAUCGAUGAAGUGAGCUGUAGCUCACGAAAGCUUAUGCUCAAAUACAUUUGUUAGUCUCUAAGGUGCCACAAGUACUCCUUUUCUUUUUAGUUAUGAUGAAAUUCUAUGGUCUGUUAUACAGCAGGUCAGAGUAGAUGAUCUUAUAGUCACUUCUGGCCCUAACAUCAAGGAAUCUAGUGCUUUCUGCACUGAGAUCGUGUGUACUUUGAAAUCCAACUGAAGUACAUGGGAACUGAAGUUAUUCAAUCUUUCUACAGUUGGUUAGUGUUUUCUUUACAUCCACAACAACUCUUCUUGAGGUUAAAUAGAAUCCUCCCCAGACAAAGUUAAAGGGAAAUAUAUCCUUUGUCAAAACCUCUCCAAUAUAAAAGCAGAAGGUUAAAAAUUGUGCAGAGCAGCUUGUAUUUUCAGACUAAUAUUUAAAUUACCUACUUUUGCUAUUUUUAUGUGUGUGUGUUUAUAUAAUUUCUGUAUUAAGAGCCAAUCACUCAUUCAUCAUUCAAUGAACUUUUUCAAUUAUUUUAGUUUUCUAGAGUAUCAAUCAUUAUUUAGUAAAUCUCUGAUUUGUAAAAGUGGGUAAGUACAUCUGAAAUGUACUUACAGAGGAAUAAAUAAUUAUGGUCCAACUUUUUUUUUACCCAAGUCAGAGUUGUAUCUUUUUCUAAUGAAAGGCCUCACUGGAAUAAGGGUCUGCUUAGCGUGUCCCACUGAAGUCAAACCAGAAGUGAAAACCAUAUUCCAGAAGAGGACAUACCAUUAACUUAUAGCAUUCAUUUUUCCCCAGUAUUAUUUUCCAUUACUUAUGCACUCUAACACUUUAGUUGUACCAUUUUUCACACUUUGUUUUGGCAAGGUUUUGAUUGAGGUUAGUUCUAUUUAAUUGUAUCAAGCAAGUGUAAUGGUUUUCCUUGGUGAAAGAUGUAAGUUGAAGACAAAGGCUUAUUUAUAGUAGUUGCCAAUAACAGACGAUUUCACAAGUCUGCAUCAAAUUCCUUUAGGUUUCUGAAAGAAAGCAAAUAUCUUUCUAUACAUUUGCCUGCAGGCAUCAAUACAGGUUUGGGGGGAGGGAGGUUCAUUUUUUUUUCUCUGAGGUUUACAGAUAAUCUGUACGUGACUAGUAUGUAGGAACAUCAGUUGGCAGAAACCUGUGUGCAUCUGUGAAAAUGUUAGUGUCUGUUUCUGAAAUUUACAUUUCAAGGAGUGCUGAUCUAUAUGGAUUAGUGAUGCAUAAAUCUACCUGAUUUGUGAGCAAAGUCUUCAUCCAUUUCUGUUCAGCAGUUCUGGGAAAAACAGCUAAGGGAAUUAAUUCAAUGAACUCCUUACAAUUUACUAAUAGCAGGAGAAAUAUAUUAUGCAUAGUUGAACUUUGUUGAUCAACUUUUUUCAUUUACCUAAACCCCUCUGAAGUUUGGAUUUGGGAAUCCAUUUUAAAAGAUCCAGUUUAACCUUUGCAUUACAGCCUUUUCUGCCCAGUGAAUACUGAAGCGAAGAUUGCAACCAUAAUUUCAAUUACAGACCCCAUUUCAGUCUCUGAAACAUUCUCCUGCAGGGCUGAAAUUUUCCAUACAUGGGCUCAGUUGAAAGGUGACUUUUCCCCCAUAUGUAUAAAUAGAAAAUUCAUGCAGCCGUCUUUUAGCUACAUGAAACUAAACAUAAUAAUUUCCCCUGGUAAGGUAAUAUAAUUUUUUUAAUAUACACAAUUCAAAAAUGGCUGAAUUUUGAAACCUGCUAAUUAAAUAAUACUCAUUGAGGAGUAUAUGCACCAUCAAGGUGGAGAAACUAUUAUCCAAGGAAUUUUUGAAGGUCAGGAGGGACAAAUAUCACUCAUGUUUUCUCCACCCCCUCACUCCCCACCCCCCAACUUUUGGGUCAUCCAAAUGCUCAUUCUUCUGACACAGCCUGCCAGCCAGAGGAACUGCUUCAGAGACCCUUUUCACAAGGGAGAUUGGUUUGGAAGAUUGUGUGGAGAUUGUUUUAAGCCCGUCCACUAACAUCAGACACAAAAAUACUGUAUUGCAAAGACUGAGGAUUUCAGAAGCUCAAUAGCAUUCUGCAACAUCCUGUACAUUUUAAGCUUUCACUUUAAAUAUAGUUUCCCUCCUUUUUCAGUUGGCAAGAUGCAGCUGUCAAAAUAUAAACAGCUGUGCUGUUGCCUUUUUUAAACGCAGCCUUGCAGAGAACGGUCAACCAAACAGCAGCAGCCACAACAGUGUGAAUUCUUUUUGCCUUGUCCCCAUCUGUACCCCCAUUCACCCCAAAUGAAAGAUUUUACUUUACAGCCUAACACUGAAAGGUCCCAAUAAUAUUCAGCUAAGGCGCACUUGGUCUCUCACACACAGUAAUAAUUUUCCAAUUAAUUUUCAUUAUUAUUAUGGGCUGGAUAGUGUCCUCCUGUGGUACAACCCACUCACUGAUAGCAUGGCUUUGAUGGAGCCACACGAGUGGGCUUCCCCCAUCAUAUCCCUUAAGAUUCCCAGCACAGAAAGGCUCUCUGUGGAACAUCUCUAGGAUUUCCAUGUGAAUCUUCAGACACCCAAAUUCUAGAGGAUGCAUAUCAUGUCACCCUCCCAUCCCCACAAAAUACUACCCAUCUUUCCGCUUCCCACCCUAAUGUGGAUCCCAAACCCAUGCAGCUCCCAAAACAGGGUCCUGGGAAAUGGUUACAAUUAGGCUGAACCAUCCUUGCAAGUGAAGGAGGGAGGAACAUUCACAUAUUUCAGGGGCAUGCACAAACAAAGAAAAAAUGCAAAAAUUAAGAAGGUUCCCACAGCAGCCUUGACUCAUCAUUGCCCCCUUCCCCCGACCAUCAUCACCACUCCACAGGAUCUUUUCCACUUGAUGCAUAAAAGUUUGAGUAGCAGCAUGAUGCUCCAUUGUAUCUUGUUCAAAAUACUGUAUCUGCUUUGCCUGUCUAUUCCAGUUAACAAACUCAGAAAAACCACAUAUGGCUUACAUGUUUCUGCUGUGGGAGGCAUAGACUAAAAGAUUAACUGAUUUGGGUGGGGGCAGGGACUGCCUGUAGUCUAGCCUUCAAAACAAUAAUUCAACUAUUUUACAAAAUGUGUUACGGUCAUGGAUGAAACAUAAGGCUGGACGUGACCUCGCAAAGGCAUCAAGUCCAGGCCCCUGUGUAACGCCAACAGACCCCAGUCGUCGGCGAGCGGGCUCAAACUGGGGACUUCUGGUGCUUAGAGCAUGAGCCUCUACAGCAUGAGCUAAAAGACAGCUGCCUGUUAUCUGAGGCUGUAGAGCAGACUCAUUUUUCUCUCUCUCUCGCAGUGGUCUUGGUGCCACUAGAUGGGUCAGAACACCACACCCAAGAGUGUGGCAAGAUCAAGUAAACCUCCACCAUCCCUGACAGAUAUUUGACCAACAUGUUUUUUUUUAAAAUCUUCCAGUGAUGGUGAGUCCACAACCGCCCUUGGAGGUUAACUACCCUUUUAGUUAGAAAUGUUUUCCUAAAAAUCUAGAUGCAGGCACAGAGAGUCCAGCCUUUAUUCAAUUACACUUUAAAAAUAUAACAAAAGAGAAAUUGGAAGCCAAACACUGAGAAUUUUUAAAAAUAUGACUAGUGUGCAGGGAACUAGACCUUUAAAUUAUGAAGAUGAAGUUUAGAUUUUUUCCUGCAGUUGUAAAGUUGAUCCCUGAGUCAAAGAGUUUGCAUUGCAACAGGAGGGGAAAAAAAUGCAGACACAUUGGAAUUAAAAUCAGUAAUAACUAGCCUAGUAAAUCAAUCACUACCAAUAGUUAAUGACCAAUGUUCGUUUCUGGCCAGAUGCUUUGCCCGCAGGUUAGCUGGGCUUUUAUUGCAAGUGACAUUAAAUUUCAGUUACUAUUUCAUAAACCAAAUGCCAAUGUAAUCUUAAGUAGUGGCUAAAAAUGUGUCUGCACUAGCCUAUAGUGGUUGCGCUGGGCGUUGUUAAUUUCUUCGAGUUUAAUGUCCUGGGACCCAACUCAUCACAAUUCCUGAAAAAUUAAUGGAAAGAAAGAAAAGAGUUGGAUUCAGGACUAUGAAUUUCAUGCUAGUGCCUUACUCACAUCUUCUGUGAUUACUGUCACUAAUAUACCAUACAGAUAAAAACAGCACAUUGUAUUAUGAACAUACUGUAUUCCUUUAAGCUCAUGUCACGUCAAAUUUAUAAUAUCUAGUAAAAUAACAGCUGUGUAGCAAAUAUCAUUUAGUACAUUUUUGUGUUUGUGUUUGACUUGCACUUUUAUCCUGUAUGGCCUUUUAUUCUUAGUACAAAUAAUGCCCACCAGCUUUCUGAAGGAAAAAAAAAGUCUUACCGCACGCUCUUUAGCAGAAAUGCAGACGUGUUUGUGGCAGAAGAGAAUGAACAGUUUUUCUUAGAGGUAGUUCAAAUGUUGCUACAAUGGAGCAGAAGGACAUGAAACAUGCUGGGAUUAAACGGCAGGAAUUGCGAUGGCAAUGAAGUUGGUUCCCAAAGCUGUCUCUUUAGUCAUGGAUUGAAAGUAGUUUUAGAAUAGAAUUUGCCUCAUUUUUCUUUCUCUACUCAGAAAUACAGCUACGUAAUCAAGUAUUUUUGUCCUGCACAGGAAUAUAUUGCUGUAAACUUUUCAUAAAGCAUAGAUCACCGGCUUGAAAUGAAAUAGGAAGGGUGCGAGGGAAGCAGUGACCUUAGACUCUGUUGCAGUGUGCUACCACUAGCCUGGAGCAACAUGCUCUAAGUCUGUGUCAGGCAAAAAAUCUGAGUUGCGUGAGCUGAGAAGUAAAACAUCUUCAUACUGAAGUGUUUCUUUUUAUCCCUUCUGAAAAACCAUGUCCUGUAAACACUAAAAUGCCCUCUUUCAUAUAUAUCUAUAUAUAUCGGG